CAUGGCGGCGCACAUGGAGGUGUGAGCUAUGGCAACAGGGGCMCGACUUUACGUGCACAAUAACAUUUUUAAUCUGAUAUAGAUAAUGGAUCAUGAUAAAAGUCAUAUCGCUUAAUGCAAGGAUUUGGAAAUUGAACACAGUAACAGAGCCAUGCAGAUGGCAGCCAGAGUGUCUCUCUGCCCGCGUGGCAGUGGCCUGUUGGGGUUGGGGCGACCCAGGUCCAGGGUUGACCGUGCCCCCCUGCCCCGCCUCCUCUCCCCCUGCCCCAGAGACKGGGCUCGGACCCUGUUCAGCGAGACAGGGGUCUGGGACAGGGACUAUAAAGCAGACACCAGACGUAGGGUGGAGCAGUGGUGGCACCCCCGUAUCAUGGAGCAGUGGCGGAGGGAUACGCUGGAGGAGAGUUCCCGUAGGAAGAAGUUUUAUGUCCUGUCUAUGUUCCCGUACCCCUCCGGCCGUCUCCACAUGGGCCAUGUACGGGUCUACACAAUCAGUGACACCAUCGGACACUUCCAGAGGAUGAGGGGCCACCAGGUGCUAAACCCAAUGGGCUGGGAUGCUUUUGGACUCCCAGCAGAGAACGCUGCCAUCGAGAGAGGCCUUGACCCGGAGGAAUGGACUAAGAGUAAUAUCCAGUCCAUGCGGGAGCAGCUCGACAGCYUAGGGCUCUGCUUUAAUUGGGACAGGGAGGUGACCACCUGCCUGCCAGACUACUACAGGUGGACCCAGUGGCUGUUUGUCAAGCUCUUCAAGGCAGGACUGGCCUAUCAGAAAGAGGUAGAUUCGGGGGUCUUGAGUCUGUCCAAUCCUUGUCAUAGGCUGUGUCUCAAUAGUCCAAAGUGGUUUCCUCUCUUCAUCUCCUUUCCAUCUCUAGUACCACCUCACCUCCGUUCCUCUCAGCGGGUGUUUGUUCUUGGUGACAUCGCUGUGACACCUCGAGGCGGGGUGUCUCAGACACCACAGCCUGCUGGCAGCCAGGCUCCCCUCCUGGACGCCCUGGCGGAGCUGCCAGAGUGGUACGGGGUCAAGGCCAUGCAGGCCAACUGGAUUGGAGACUGCACAGAACUGCACUGCUGCUACUUUGACUUCCACCUCAAGGUGAAUGGGGAGGAGACGGGGGAGACUCUAGCAGGCUACACCUCCAGCCCAGAGGCAGUGUUUGGGGCUGCCUACCUGUCCAUCCUCCCCUCCCACAGACUGCUGCAUGGUACCAGCCCAGUCCGCUCAGCCCUGGAGAGAGUCCUGCAGACAGGCAGAGACUGCCUGACAGAGGUCACCGCCCACAACCUAUUUACCGGUCAGGAACUUCCCCUGGUGAUCUCCAGCAAGCAGCAGUUUGAAGGUCAUCUAGAUUCUGUCAUAGGUAUCCCUGACAGCCGUGUGGAGGAUGCUUCUGUGGCCAGGGCUCUGGGUCUGAGCUGGAGCCCAGUCCUGAAGGGCCAGGAGGAUGGAGGACACACACUGCUCAACUCUGCUGAGUUCACAGGCCUCAGCAGGGAGGACGCUUUUGACUCCAUCACCCAGAAGGCCAGAGAGAGAAAAGUGGGCGGCCACCUGACCAGCACCAAGCUCAGGGAUUGGCUGAUUUCCCGGCAGCGGUACUGGGGCACGCCCAUCCCCAUGGUGCAUUGUGGGUCUUGUGGUCCUGUGGCAGUCCCUGAGGAGCAACUUCCAGUCACCCUCCCCAAACUACCGUCCAUCACGGGGAAGGGAGCAUCCCCUCUGGAGCACGCUGAUGACUGGAUCAGCUGUACCUGUCCCAGGUGUAAAGGGCCGGCCAGAAGGGAGACCGACACCAUGGACACGUUUGUGGACUCAUCCUGGUACUAUUUCAGAUACACUGACCCCCACAACCAAGACAGGCCUUUUGAGCGCUCCCUGGCAGACCACUGGCUUCCUGUGGACGUGUACAUUGGGGGGAAGGAGCAUGCUGUUAUGCACCUGUACUAUGCACGCUUCCUCAGUCACUUCUGUAGGGAUCAGGGCCUAGUGGGACACAGGGAGCCUUUCAAGAAGCUGCUGGUGCAGGGCCUCAUCAAGGGCCAGACGUUUAGAGCUGCAGACAGCGGACAGUACCUGAAGAGAGACGAUAUCGACUUCACAGGUGAGGAGCCGGUGCAGGUGGGUAGUAAGGCCGGGCUGCAGGUGACGUGGGAGAAGAUGUCCAAGUCGAAACACAACGGCCUGGACCCUCAGGAGGUGGUGCAGCAGUAUGGCAUCGACACUGUCCGUCUUUACAUCCUCUACGCUGCUCCCCCUGAACAGGACAUCCUCUGGGACGUCAAGACGGACGCUCUGCCCGGGGUACUGCGAUGGCAGUCUCGUCUGUGGGGGCUGGUGACCAAGCUGAGGAGUGCUCGGCAGGAUGGGGACGUCCCCAACCCCUCGUUGCUGAAGAGGAAGGAGCAGGCAGACGCCAGGAAAAUCUGGGAGAACAAGAACUUUGCCGUGGAACAGGUCACAGGUCACUUCACAGAAGACUUCCUCCUGAAUGCAGCCAUCUCUCGACUCAUGGGACUCACCAACACACUCUCUAACGUGUCGUCUCGCGUGCUGCAGCACAGUGUGGAGUUUGAGGAGGCUCUCGCCACGCUGUGUGUGAUGACCGCUCCCAUGGCCCCACACCUGGCCUCCGAACUCUGGGCAGGGCUGAGCCAGGUGAGGAACCCCCUGAGCCCUCUCCUCUCCCACGGAGGAGACGUGCUGCAGCAGCCCUGGCCCACCCCAGACCCUCUGUACCUGGAGACCCCUGACACCCUGGAGCUGGUUGUACGGAUCAACAACAAGGUGUGUGGGACGGUGUUGGUGCCUCGACAGGUGGCCCAGGAUACGGAGCAUGUACAGGCGCUGGUUCUGGGGAGCGAGCUGGGACAGCGUCUCCUAGGAGACCGGACCAUCAAGAAGGCCAUUCUGUCCCCUAGGACCGCCCUCAUCAACUUCCUCAUAGAGGAGUGACCACUCAAUCCUGGAUGCUGAUUGGUGGACUGUCGUGUCAAUCAGAAGACCGCAGCCACUCACAGACUUGAAGGCGGGGACAUCAUGUGAACGGAGGGAUGAAAGACUAUUUAUUUGAAAAUUAAAACAAUAACUAGUAUGAACAGACAUUUUUGUUUAAAAAAGAAAAACAUCUUUAGGAUGUGAAUAAAAUGAUAUAUUUUGCAUUUGG